CACAAAUUCUUUGAGCCGCUCAUUAGGCAGGAAUCAAAUAUCUUGUUGCUCUUUGCCGCUCCUCUUCCACUGUCCACCACGCACCCACAAAAUGGGAACUGCUCUUCUCUCAGUUCCUGCCCCAUUCUUCCAUUCCUCCCAUCGUUCCCGAUUCACCACUUCACUCCCAUUUUCAUCAUCUAGACCCACCACCUUCCUCUCUUCUUCCUCCUCUUCUUCUUCAGCUUCGGUUGUUGAUGAAGAAAUCAAUUCUUCUUCCCCAGAUCAACUCUCUCUUCAAUCUGAAUCUGACCCAGAAAAUUCUUCCUUCAGAGGGUGUAAGGCUUGUGGAAAGGAAGAAAUUGAGAGGGGAUGCAAUGGUGAGGGAAGGAUACAAGGUGGAAUUGCAACAGUUCCUGGUUUUGGUUGGUGGCCUAUAAAGGCAUACAGGCCUUGUCCUGGAUUCGUAGCAUCAGGUGGCAGAUACAAGCGGCGCGGACAAAGCAUGGACGAGGUUACAUCUGGAGGGGGGAGGACUGAAGCCUCUGCCAGUGUUAGUAGAAAGGACUCGUCGAGGGAAAAUACCUCGUCCUCCACCGGGAAACCAACAGGAACAGUACUGGAAGGGAGAGGACUCUCUUCUUCGAUCUACAUUGAUCAAUAGUAUGGAGCCACAGAUCAGCAAACCCUUUGUACUCUGCAACUGCUAAGAAUAUUUGGGACACAGUCCAAAAACUAUAUUCCAAAUGUCAGAAUGCCUUUUGCCUAUACACACUACGGAAACAGGUUCAUGAGUGCAGGCAAGGAACCAUGAAUGUUACAUCCUUUUUUAACAAGCUCUCUCUUAUCUAGCAAGAAAUUGACCCAUGCAAAAAACUAAACUGGAGCACUCCUAGUAAUGGUGUGCAGUACUUCAAAAUUGAAGAGAUUGACAUCUUAACCGUAAGUUUGAUGUAGUCUGCAGGCGUAUACUAAGCCAGAGACUGAUUCCCUCCCUGAUGAAGGUCUGUUAUGAAAAUCCACCUUAAGGAGAAUCGUAGAAGUGUUAUGAAUGUUUUAGCCACUCCUGCUAUUGACUCGACUGCUUUUAAUGCGAGGUCCUCUACCAGUGGCAGAGAUAAGAAUAAUGGAAAAAAAGUUCCUAUCUGUGAGCAUUGCAAGAAACAAUGGCAUACCAAGGAGCAGUGUUGAUGACGGUGCCUCUUCUAGUAGCAUUUCUAGGACUAGUCUUUUAUCUUCCUAUUUUACUAUUUCUGAACAAGAUUGUGUGUUGUGCCAUUUUUGUUUAGGUCAUCCUAAUUUUAAAUAUAUGAAACAUUUAUUUCCUCA